AUGAGCUUCGUUCUCGAUCAAGUGCAUCGCAUCGAUGGACAGCUUAACAGGAUACAACUUGCGCCAAAUUUCCUCGCCCCUAACUCAACAGGACUCACGACGACCGAAGCUCUGCACAUAGAUUCACUACAGCCGCAGCAGUCGUCAACACGACAACCUCGGCCUCCUUCAGCACGUGUGCUUGCUCUCCAAGCUGCGAUCCGUGGUGCCUCGCCGGGAAUUUCACACAGUAGAGCACUACUCAGAACAUCACAAAUCAAGCUCGCGCUUGCUGCUCUCUCACGUCGGACAGAGGCGCGAGGGCUUGAGAACGACGAGCAAGGCAGCGCAGAGCAAGACCCUUUUGAGCAUGAGUUGGAGUGGCUGUUGGUAUCCAAGAUAACUACACAAGUAUAUGGGGUGGUGCUGAAAAAUAUCCUUGAUCACGCUGUGGACAUCUCCAACGAUGUAUGGUACUGGGAUGCUGUCCUUAGCUCGCGCGUUGGCACGCUCAUAUAUAGCGUACAGACCUCGCCGGCGAGGUUCUGGCGUUGGGGGAACGUGGUUUGGGCAGAUGUACAAGCACGUGGUGGCCACUUCGACAUUCGGAGCGCCAGUCGGGAUACGGGCGACACCCUUAGCAAACGGUGGGGCCAAUUCUAUAAACUCGUUCGCGAUGUCGUCGCGGAGCGCAGCGUCGCCGAGGUCAACAAACACAUUCUCUCGCCCGUUUCUCGCAUCCGGGCCGAGAUCCGGCUCAAGCAGACUGCGCUGAAGAAAAUUCGCAUGCGAAAUGCCAAUGCUUUGGGCGUGUUGCUUGGUGAAGGACUCGCGAAUGAGUGUGUUCACGGCGAUGGCAUGACGACUCCGACUCCUGCGAACGUGCAGGAUGUGCAGGGUAAAUGGAAGGCUUCGGUCGGAAGAAAUGUUGCAUUGAUUGAAGCUGUUCUGGCGAAAACUACCGAUCUCGACACUCCCGUCGACGGAUACGAUGGCGCGAUAGCGGAGCUCACGGAAGAAGAUCCUCUCUACACACUCGACCUUCGAAACAUCAACGUUUCCCCUCAGCACGUUGGAGAACGAUUGAGCCGCAUUUUGACGAUCGGCUUGCCACAGUAUGAAACCGCCUCGAAAGCCCUGGUGCGGCGACACGGAAAGCCUUCUCGUCUGGUGCGGUAUUGGCUUCCUAUCACCAUUGGUCUUCUCUCGUCUAGCACAGUUCUACGCAUUCUCGCAAGCCGACAAGCACAGCUUGUACAAUGGGUCAGCGAUCUCGGUUCUACCGUGGUCGAUUUCUGGACCAAUUGGGUUUUGGAACCUACUCGCAACGUCAUUAAGACGAUCCGACACGACGAAUCAAGCGCCAUAAGCCUCUUGUCCCGACGGUCACUGGAAGGCGACCGCGAAUCACUCGAACGCAUGGUCAUCGAUUUCGCCAUUGACAACCCUGCCCACGUUAACGACACCGGCGCUACGACGGCCCUGACUGACGUGCAAGUCGCCGAAAUCCGUGCCAAAGUCCGCGAAGGUGAUCUAACGCCAGUCCUUCGCGCCUACGAAAAGGAUCUCACUUCCCCAGUCCUUGGUGCGCUCCGCGGCAAUUUGAUUCGUGCCCUGCUGAUACAGAUUCAAAAGACCAAGGUCGACGUGGAAGUCGCUAUGGGCGGCAUUGACAGCCUGCUCAAGUCGCAGGAGCUUCUCAUUGGCUUCAUCAGUCUGACACCUGGCCUCCUCGUCGCUUGGGGAUUGAUCCACUAUAUCCGCACCACCAUUCUCACCACAGGCGCCUCGAAGAAGUCCUCCGCAGCGCGUCGGCAGGAGCACAUGCUCCGACAACUGCGUAAUGUCGAUCGCAUCCUGACAGCAGCCCAGCCGACACAAUUUGGCGAGCUCCUCUACAAGGAUCAAGGCUUGUUGAUCUGUGAGGUUCAUAUCCUCAGGCUGGCAGCAGCGCGGAUCAUGCCGACCGAGAUUUUGAGGGAAUUCGGAGAGGAGGUCGACGAAUUGUGUGAUGUCCGUGUAGGUGUAGAGAGGCAGCGUCGGGUCGGGGAGAGGAUUCGAUGGGCGUAUCGGAGGUGGCUGAAAUGA